UUGCUGUAUCAUAAAUCAGUUUUAUAUACUGCAAUAAAAUAGCUGCAAACCUGCAACUUUAAGAAAGCAUAGGUUAUUACGUAUUUUUACAUGCACGACUGAAUUGCGGAUCUCAAGAAAACCGCAAGUUACCCGAUAUCUGCAGUUAAAAUUGUAUUUAUUAUAUUUUACUUUUAAGAUAACUGUUCCAAACUAUAUCAUAAAACUCUUAUUGCGUUACUAAACGCUGAUUAUACAUUCUUACUUAUUGCAGCUCGUAAUCGUUAUUGUUAACUAAUAGUUUCCAAAAAGGGAAGUUUCGCGAAACCGAUUAGCUGUCAUAAGUAGGAAAUAGGAAAUCGAGAGCGUGUAGCUUUCAAUUCACAACGUGUGUAUAGAUUUAAGCCUAUUUUUGCACCCAGUAUAAUACAAUAUUUUACUGAGGCGUUAUUUGAGUACUUCGGGUAUUUCAGUAUCUUAUGCAUGCUUGCCCCAAAGUUCAUGCGCAUUAAAAUGAUAAUUUUAAGACAGAAAAACGGUUUUAGAAGCAGUGCUCUUAAGUGAAAAGAGUUCUUUGUUUGUAGUGUAGCGAAGAACAAUUACUGAGAGUUGGUCACUGUCAUUUAAGAACAGACUGAUUUGAUCUGACUACUGUAUGUAAUACCACCCUCACCUAUAAAACAGUACUAGCUUUGUAGUUAAAAGAUGGAAGACAAGAGAAAGACAAUGCGUCUGCGAGAAUGGAUUAUCGCUCAGAUUGAGAGCGGAAUGUAUUCGGGACUUUGUUGGGAAAAUUACGAGAAAAAUAUGUUUCGAAUUCCUUGGAAGCAUGCAGCAAAACAGGACUAUAAGCAAAAUGAAGACGCGGCACUUUUCAAGGCAUGGGCUGUGUACAAGGGCAAGUAUCACGAAGGCGAGGACAAGGCUGAUCCUUCGGUGUGGAAGACGCGACUACGUUGUGCUCUCAACAAGAGCAGCGACUUUGUGGAGGUGCCAGAACGCAGCCAGCUGGACAUCAGUGAGCCCUACAAAGUGUACAAGAUCCAGACUGACCAAGAGAAUCCAGGGAAGCGGGUAACCUUUGAUAUCUGUUCGCCAAGCACACCAAUCAGAGCGCUGGCCAAACGCCACCUGGAGUGUGUUUCUCCAGUGCAGGCCGAGGACCGAGGCUGGGAAGGGAAGACAGGCCCUGUUCAUCUGCCCCAGCAUCCUGCAGGUAUGGAUGCUAGGGGGGUGUCAUGCUCAUGGUCCAUGUUGGGGGAGCCGGGCCCUGGUGUGACCCGUCCGUUCGUGCCCUUCUCCAGCCAAGAAGUGAUUCAUAUAUCAGAGUUUCGGUUGCGAGUGUGUCUCUUCUACCAAGGGCAGAUGGUCCAGGACUUCACCACCAGCACACCGAGGGGCUGCUGGAUCUUGCACGGUGCUGUGCCCGCAGAGGAUGGGCAUGUGUUUGGCCCGAGGGCUGUAGAGCAGCUCCGCUUCCCCCUUCCAGGGAUUGCGCGGGCCACGGGCGCCGUCUGUGAGGUCAUGGCGCGUCUGCUGCCUCACCUGCAGCGUGGUGUGCGGGUGUGGGUCACCCAGGAUGGGGUCUUCAUCAAGCGCUUCUGCCAAGGCCGUGUGUACUGGGGCGGUCCGCUGGCCCAGCAUCAGGACCGGCCCAACAAGCUGGAGCGGGAGAAAACCUGCAAAGUUCUGGAUGUAUACGUCUUCCUCCAAGAGUUGAGGCUGUUCCUGCAGAGGGCUGGACCCAAGCCUAAAUUCAGGAUUGACCUGUGCUUUGGAGAAGAAUACCCUGAACCUGUAGAGAGCAAGGCCAAGAAGCUCAUUACUGCGGAAAUCGAGCCAUUGUUUGCCACAAAUCUGAUGAACAGUGCUCCGGACCUCCCAGCGGACGUGGUACUGCAGGUCCUGGACUCGAGAGAGCACCAGCAGCGAUUGACGGAGCAUUCCGGGCCAGAUUUACGCCUGUAAAUGAGCUGCCACCUGCAUCUUACGGGUGAAGUCCCACACCUGACAGAGUGUGGAGUUCAAUGUCCACUGUGGUCUCUGCUGUGCCCAC